GGAAAAGUAGUUCUCUCUAAGAGAGCGGCUUUUAGUAAAACAAAAGUAUCUCGAACGAUUUAACAAACUGCCAUAUUUUAACAACGUGUAAUUAAAGGUUUGGCCUCGGAUAUGCAUAAAUCAUACUGCUCUGCCGCGAACUGCUGACCGAAAUAGAGAAAAAAUUAAAAACAUUAAGCGCUGCGUGAGAGUCAAAACAGAAGAAUAAUAUUAUAUAGGUAGAUGGCUAUCUGAACAAGCUUGACCAGAUCCGCUGAGAAUUAAAUAAGUAAAUAAAAUAAAAGCUUUCGCAACACUCAGCAGCCGGAGCGGAGAAUUAUGGAUCGGUGAAUCAUUUAAUUAAAUAUGUAAUGUACCUACGGAUUAUGCACUCGAAAAAAAAAAUUAUAGGUUAAUCUUACAGUAAAUUACCUAUCUAUUUAUUUACCCAUGUAGAGCCAUUUCUCCGGGCUAUUCGGACAAACAAAACAAAUUUCAUUUCACGCAAAUCAAAGCUUAGUACCUAGUCAAUGUAUAACAAAUGAAAUAUGUUCGAAGUAAAUAGUUUUUAUUAUAAAUGCCUGAAUGUAAAGUUUCGAAGCUAUACUUUUACAAAAAAAUAUCCAUUCACGACAUAAGAAAAUUCAGCUACAAAGAAACACCCAAUCACAUUAUUCAUAAUACAUUGAUCAACAUAAUCAAGUGACGUCACUUAUGUGAAUAGUUUGUUCUUCUUAUAAGAAGUGAGUAGGGGCAUAAGUCACGGUGGGGUGUGGUGGGGUGUGGGGUGUCGGAGGCUGCGCGCGCGCUCGCGGGCGCGGGGUGCGCGCGCGGCGCUACCCUCGGGCGGGGGCCGGGGCGAGGCGACAACCGCUCGUUACCUCCAUCCGAAGCCAGUUAUUAAAAACGUCUCGUCGCGAACGGUGCGCCGCCCUGUAAUUAUCCAGUUGAAGGCUCGUCGCGCUACGUUGUCACCACCGUCACCGGAUAUGCAAUACGUGGAUCCGCCCGCGCAACAGAUGAUGAGCAUGAUGCCCAGUUACGGAUACGGGUGUGGACGCGGCGAUGCGAUUUCACCGGCUUCAGACCUCUCAUCAUGCAGCAGUGCUUCGUCAGGCGCGUGGUGCGGCUGGCGGGAGCUACCAGCGUAUCCUCAGUACCCGUACUGGCCGCCCGCUGCCGCCGAGGAAGCGCGCGACCUCCAGCGCCGCUGCGCCAAGUGCCGCUGCCCCAACUGCUUGACAGAAGCCGCCGGCCUCGGACCCAACUACGGCAAAGACGGUGCUAAGCGUGAACACGUCUGCCACGUGCCUGGCUGCGGAAAAGUCUACGGAAAAACCUCGCAUCUGAAAGCCCACCUCCGCUGGCACACGGGCGAGCGGCCAUUCGUAUGCAACUGGCUGUUCUGCGGCAAACGAUUCACGCGCUCUGACGAGCUGCAGCGGCACCUGCGCACGCACACCGGGGAGAAGAGAUUCGCGUGCCAACUCUGUACGAAGCGGUUCAUGCGCUCAGAUCAUCUCGCUAAGCAUGUGAAAACCCACGCGAAUAUGACGAGGAAAACUAAGAAAGCUAACUCUGAAGAUAAUGAAGAAUCUUCUAAGGUUACUAAUGAGAAAACUGAGCGGAGAUCUGUAGAGCAAGCGCCGGCUGUGUCAAUAGGCAGCGCGAAUUAUGGGACUGUGCCGGCUGUGAGUGUUGCGUCGAAGCAGAUGUCCAUGCCUCCGUCUCUGAACUACGGAGCUGUUGCGCCAAAUGUAUCUAGUGCCAGUUACAACAGUGGAAUGGUAUUUGGGAGCGGCGCGAGCGCAGGCUGGGUGCCGGACAUGCGGCAAGACGCACUAUAUGCGCGACCUUUGACCACAGUGGCUGCCACUCGCCCUGUCUACCAGUACCCAACCCUGCCCGACACAACCCGGCAGUAUCCAACGCACUUUCCUGCCUACCAGUGUGCUACGAAGGAUAAUUAUACCAUGUUUCAGGGUCACUAUAAUCUCCAACCGCCUGUAGCGCUUGGACAAUAAGUGAAGAAUCGUUUUAAUUUAAGAUAUGACUAUAUUGUGGAUCUAAAGUUAUUGUGGAGUUUUGGUAAUUGCAUGUAAUGGGAAGGCUAAAGGUUCCUUGUCAAAAGUUAAUGUUAUGGUCGUAAUAAUCGUAUGAUUUUUCGGAAAGAUGUCGGUUGGAAUAUUUUCUGAGUUACCAGGAAGUUUAUUGUGAUCUAAUGUAUUUCACUGUACAUAUUUAGUUAGUUUCUUAUUUGACGUGCCUUGUUGGUAAAGUGUUAUGUUAAGUAGUGCAUUUAAAAUGAUUUGUAAAUAAAUAUUAAAAUAUUGUAAUAAUAUUGUUUUGUUUGGCAUUUUGUAUCCCCAUCCAAUAUAUCCCAAUGCUAAGUAGAAUUCUCAGUUCAGUAGUAAUUCAGUAAGUUUAAAAUGUAUGCGCACACACCAACACGGAUAGAAAGGGUCACGCGUUUAUCGUCUGUUACGUCACGCAUCACUUUCGCACUCCUUAGAAUGUGACAGCCACGGUAAUAGCCAAUAAAGAACGAUGAUUUUACUCCUUCAAUACCUUCCUUCUACGUAGAAAACCACAGAAGUACCAAAUUUUAUAAGACUACAGCUUAUAUUUUAGGCAGCAUCACCACUUUAUUAUCACACUUAAUCAUGUCAAUUACGAACACUUCUAUCAAUAGUAACUUUCUCGAGACAAAAAAUUGCCCAAUCCCGACCAAUGAAACGGCGUUCAAAGUUUAAAGCAUUAAUUCGCUGCCCUACGCGCAUGACAGCAAUUGGAAAAUGAGUUUCAAAUUGAAAUGUAUAAUUUACAAUUGCGUGAGUUUUCCAAUCGCUGUUACGGCUGUUACUUGUGGAGGGCCAGGGUGUAGCACAAACGGCGGGAUUCAAAAUGCACUAAUCAUAAAACUAUACAUUUACUUUCAUAAUUGUAAAUUUAAUACCAGUAUUAUGACGUUCUUAUAUGAAUCCCUAUAUAGUACAGGACUCCUGCGCAUAAAAAAAUCCCUAAAUUCAUCCCUAACCUAACCUAACCUAAGUUAUGUUAUAGCAGUUCCAUUAUUUAUAUGUUGACAGACAAGGAAGUUGAAACGACGGGAUGUAUUUUCAUUAUACGCGACAUAAUUAGUUUAAAUAGUUUUGAUUUGACGAAUAUAGUUCGCGUCAUCCACGAUGACGCACAGAUUUGUCAAAUCUAACCUUAAAUAACAUGACAAUACGAGUCAAAAGGCGCACGUCUUCGUGAAUGACACGAUCUAUAACUAUCACGGUAACCGAAGACUACGAGUAUAUUAAGUUUAAAGUUUGAAGAACUCUACUGUAAAAGGAUUUUUUUUUAAUUCAACGCCUUAAUGCAUUCUUUUCAUAUAGGUAAGUAGUUCUUCUUGCUCACGAUUAUCCAGUAGGGCUAAGAUGGUCGGCUCUUUAUAAUUUGUCACCAUGCCUGUCACGUUCUAACAAGUAUGUAAGCGCGAAAGUGACGGGCGUAGUGACAAGUGAUAAAAAUGGAACCAUGAUACCGCCGCUGAUCGGCAGUGGCAGCAUGGUUCCAUUUUUAUCGCUUGUCACUAUGCCCGUCACUUUCACGCUUACAUACUUGUUAGAACGUGACAGGCAUGUUGACAAAUGAUAAAGAACCGACCAUCUUAGGCCUACUGUUAGAUUCACCGUGUAUUUAUAUUAUUAUGCAGAUUAAACGGCUUUGGAACGAAAACGUGAGUUUUAAAUAUUAUCAGCCUCCGUGAUAAGAAAGUUACAGUAGCUAUAGCAUUUGUUAUUGUUGUUUCAUUUCCUAUAUUGGUUUCAGUACAAGAGUUAAUAACGACUUGUUUAUCAAAUAUAUUUUUUAAAAUCUAUAACAUUACAAUAUCAAUCCACAGCGCAGGUUUCGUCAUAGUUGCUACACUCAAAAAUAGUAUCCGAAACAUACUUCGUAAAAAAAAACAAUACAAAAAAAAACA